AUGGGAUUUCGGGUCCAUGCUGAUGUGUUGAUGCAAGAGAAGACGUCCAUGUUGCCAGAGAAAAUUUUCAAGGGACCUAACUCCGGCUUUGGCAACCCUCGUGUCAUGGUAAGCGGUACGUCAUUGUGGCCGAGGGCAUGCGUUACCGGCCCCGCUUGUCUUUCGGCCGCGGACGAUAUUCCCGACGGGCCCUAUGGUGUACUCCGUACGGAUACAGUAAGGUGCUUUCCGGACUUUUGUUACUUUUGCUGGGCCAACGGGGGCCACUGCGAAACGAAACAUGUGCCCAUUAUUCCAGGCACGAAUGGCGCAUUGCUAGAAGAAUAUGGUCGACUUCCCGAGAAGAGGACAAUAAUUGGCAUGCCGAAAGAAUGCGUAAUUUUCGGGAACGUACGAGUACAAACCCACAGAGCUUUUGUCAAGCAAUGCUCGUGUCAACGUUGCUUCGAACUCUAUCGUCAACUGUCGAUCUGUGCCUGGCGUGAUCACUGUUCGCCCGUCGGAAUCGACUCCGAGAUCCUCGGGGUCCAGUAUAGAACCUUGAACAAGAGAAAGCCAAAGAGACACAGAAAAAACUAUACACAUACAACGAACUCACGCCAUAUUUGGGGGACGUGA